CCUCUAAACCUCACCGUCUCGGUAUUCUCACACCUCGCGGCCUCCGCCGCCUCCACCGCCGCUCAACGCCGAUAAUCUCGCUUCCGGCCUGCCCCGAGAUGCCGGAAAAAGAACCUCUCCGCCGUGAGCACCCGAUCGAUGCUACUCCUUUUGAGGUUUUCUAUGAUGGAUCAUGGCAUGGCGCUGAUCAGUUGAAGGUGAAGGAUGGGAGCAUCAUCUUCGAGCAACGCCGCCGAGGAUCUUCAGUGGAGUAUACGAUUAAUGUCGAAAGCCUUCGUCUUCGAUCGAGAAGAUCAAUCGCUUCUGAUUGUAGGCGAUUCCUGAAGGCUGGGGUUGAUGUCUGCGUGCUAUCAGCGCAUUCGACUGAUUCGGCAUCGGAGAAAGGAUUGCAGCCUUUUUUUUCGUGGCGAGAUGCCAAAGUUAUCUCUGUGAAAAGGACUGGACAUGAAGGUCGAUGUACCUGCCUGUUCUCUGUGGUUUUCCACAGAAAUGAAGGGGAGAUUAGUAUAGGAAGUAGUAGACAUGAGAGGAAGUCUGUAGCUGUUAAGUUAGACAAUAUUUCCAUACUGCAGAGGCUCAAAUUUGAGCCUUUUGAUGAUGGAACCCAUCAGUGGAGUGUUUCUGAGGACUGUGGCUCCAUUCUUAAAGCCAAACUACUCACUGAUGCUUUUUCCAGUGAAGUUUCUUGGUUGGUUGUGCUAUCGGCUCUUAAAGGGGUGGAGUUUGUAAUCAAAGUUGUGGGCGAUAGGAUAGUUCAUCACAUUAGUAACAAUAUUCAAGCUCUGCGUGAUAUCGAUGUUGGUGACAACAUUGCAACUUUGGGUUUUCAUACAAGUGGUGAGAAGUGGUACCCUAAGAUCGAGACUUUGGCACCUGUUGUUCCAAAAGAAAUAGUGGCCACAGAUGUUGUCAUUGAGCUGGAUCCAACUGAAGCUGCCCCAAAAAGUGAAUCAGAUGUUGAGAUUUUAUAUGAACACUCAAAUCUGCGACAUUCUAAACGGCGGAAGACGCUGCCAGACCGUUUUGUACCAGUUUUUAAUCAAGGUAGGGGUCAAGAAAUCGUUGCUAGUGACUUAUCCAAGAAUGAGGAGGCCAGCACCUGUUUGCUUGAAUACCCUUCCUCACAGUCAGUUACGAAACAUUCGCCAAAUAGAAAGAAGUUACUGAGCACAGUUGAGUGUAAAGAAAUCAUGAAGAAUUGCAUGGGAGACAUACAAUCUGAAAUUGAAAGGCUGUUUUCGCCUCAUGUCGAGUCUGGGGAAAAAACCCCUCCUGAUGAAUCUGCGGAAAAAACCAGACAUACUGCUCGUCCAGUGGCAGACGAAGACUUUAACUGGUCCUCGGAAGAUGAUAAUCCUCCUAAAGAUGAUGAGAAUGAAGAGUUGUGGAGAGAAAUGGAUCAUGCAUUAACCACUCUUGCCCUUCUUGAGCAAAAGCAGGAUUUUGGCUUGGACAAUUCUGAUAAAGAUGAGGAACAACAGUGCCAGCAUGAGUACACACUUGACGAGGAAGUUGGUUUAAUAUGUCACCUGUGCAAGUAUGUAUGCACUGAAAUAAGAGAUGUCUGGCCACCAUUUGUGCAAAAUGCUAGGGCCUUUUCAUUCAUGGAGAAAGGAGGCAAAGAAGAGUUUGACUGGAUCGGAUCCUAUGAGUUUGAAAAUUCUUAUAAAAAUGAUCUGAUGGACAUGACAACAUCAUUAGGAUGCGACGAUGUGUGGAAUUUAAUACCUGAAUAUCAAUCUGAGCUACGCGCCCAUCAAAAAAGAGCUUUUGAAUUCAUUUGGAGAAACAUAGCUGGAUGUUUCCAGCCCCCAGGGAUGGAUAGUGCACCACCAAAAACUGGUGGUUGUGUGAUAUCACAUUCUCCUGGGUCAGGCAAAACCCUGCUUGUGAUAUCAUUUCUUGUCAGCCACUUAAAAGUCUAUCCCCGAUGCCGACCUCUUGUUCUUGCUCCGAAGAUUGCGACAUAUACCUGGUGCAAAGAGUUUGAGAAAUGGGGGGUUUCAGUCCCUUUAUAUGAAAUCCACCCUGCUGAAAGGUUCAAGAAGGGAACAGUAGACUGCCAAUUGGGAGGGUUCUCCAAAGAUAACCGCCGUCCUAGUAGAAAAACUAUGCAUAUUAUGGAUUGUCUCCUAAAAUUAAAGCUGUGGCAUGAACAACCUGGUGUUCUACUGAUGAGCUACUCAUCUUUCUUUACCUUGACGCAAAAUGAGUCAAAACUGGAAUACAGAAGAUUCAUGGCAAAUGUUUUGCAAAAGAGUCCAGGCAUUCUGAUUCUAGAUGAAGGUCACAACCCAAGAAGCACUACUUCAAAGCUAAGAAGAAAUCUGAUGAGAGUGAAAACUGAUUUCAGGAUUUUGUUAUCUGGAACAUUAUUUCAGAAUAACUUUGAAGAGUAUUUCAACAGUCUUGCUUUGGGAAGACCACGAUUUAUUCGUGAUCUUUCAUUUGAAUUGGACCCUGAUACACUCAAUCGUAUAAACAGCAGAAGCCAUAAGCGAACAAAGCGAGCAAGUCGAGUGGAGAGAUUAUCUAGAAAACUUUUUGUUGAGAAAAUUGGACAAAAGAUCGAAUCGAAUUCGGCGGAAGUCAGGAAAGAAGGCUUUGAUUUGCUGAAUAAGCUUACAGGUGAGUUUGUGGAUGUCUUUGAAGGCGAAAGCUUAGACACACUGCCUGGUUUGCAAAUCUACACUCUUCUUCUAACAUCAACUGAUAUCCAACGAGAAAUUCUGGUGAAAGUGACAAAAUUGCAUCAUUCAAUAAGACACAAAAGAUGUCCCCUGGAAUUAGAAUUGCUGAUCACAGUUGGCUCAAUUCACCCAUGGCUAAUAAAAACAGUUGCUUGCGUCCGUAACUUUUUCACCGAUGAAGAACUGGAGAAGGUCGAGAAAUGCAAGGGAAAUUUCAGAUGUGGUUCCAAGGUGAAAUUUGUUGUGGACCUUGUGCACAAGUCUACCGUCAGAGGGGAGAGAGUUUUAGUUUUCUGUCACAAUAUCUCUCCCAUCAACAUGUUUGCUGAAGUUCUAGAAUCUGUUUUCGGAUGGCAGAGGGGCGAGGAAAUCUUGAUUCUUCAGGGUGAUCAAGAAUUGUCUGUGCGUGCCAAAAUCAUGGAUAAGUUUAACCGUGGCGCCAAAGAGAACUCAAGGGUGUUGCUCGCAUCAACCAAUGCUUGCGCCGAAGGCAUUAGUCUUACAGCAGCAUCCAGAGUGGUUUUGGUGGACUCUGAAUGGAAUCACUCAAAGACAAGACAAGCAAUAGCCAGAGCAUUUCGCCCGGGUCAAGAGAGAGUGGUGUAUGUUUAUCGUCUAUUGGCAUCUGGCACUUGGGAGGAAGAUAAAUAUGACACCAAUGCUUGGAAGGCUUGGUUGUCCAAGAUGGUGUUUAUAGGCCAAUACAUCAGGUAUCCUUCUACCAGGGAAGUUGAAGACAUUGAAGAUGAGGUGCUGAGGGAGCUUGUGGAGGAGGACAAGAAAAAAACUUUCCAAAUGGUAAUGAAGCAUGAUUGAAGCUUUGUUGGAUCAAGCAGUAGUUCUUAUCAUUGCUUCUCUUUCAAAACAUGUAAAAAUUUCGUCUGUUUUUUUUUUUAAUUAUUUUGGGUAUUUUUGGGUAAGCUUUGUUGGAUCAAGCAGUACAUUUCAGUGUCUAUGUGCUGCUUUCCAGCGACAGUGUUUUCCAAUGGAUGGAAUGGUUGGAAAUUGGGUGUCUUAAUGCCCUAGUUUGAUUAUGAAAGCUUGUUGUUCUUGUA